AUGGCCAUCACAAAGACGAAGAGAAAUAUAUCCUCCUUCUCCAAGUCCAAAAAGAACAGCAAGGUCCCGGAAAAGGCAUUGCCUGUAACCCUGCUUUCAGGCUUCCUGGGUAGUGGUAAAACCACACUCCUCCAGCAUAUUCUGAAAAGCGACCACGGCCUGAAAAUCGCCGUCAUCGUCAACGAUAUUGGAGCCAUCAACGUCGACGCGUCCCUGAUAAAACAAACUCACAAGGUCACAAGAACAGAAGAGAAGGUUGUCGCACUACAGAAUGGCUGCAUCUGCUGCACCCUCCGAGGCGACCUCCUUGAGGAGCUAGUCAACCUCGCUGAACAGCAUGCCUUUGACUACGUCAUCAUCGAAAGCAGCGGCAUCAGCGAACCCGAGCAGGUCGCUGAGACAUUUGACAACAAGCUGGCAGACCAAAUGAGAAGUAUGGUCGACCAGGCCGAUGGACUCGAUGAAAGCACUCUCAAGGUGCUGAAGAAGCUGGCGAAAGUCGGCGGAUUGGAGAAGUUUGCCCGUCUUGAUACUGCUGUCACCGUCAUCGACGCGUUCACCGUGUACAACGACUUCCACACCGACCAGCUUCUCUCGUCGAGGCGAGACGAUGUCGUGCCUGAGGAUGAGCGUACCGUCUCCGACUUGAUGGUUGACCAGAUUGAGUUUGCUGAUGUCAUUUUGUUGAACAAGACCGACAUGGUUGAUGCUCAAACGCGGGCCAGUUUGAUUGAGCUCAUCAAGAAGCUGAACCACAGGGCAAAGAUCCUGGAGACGAGCUACGGCAAGAUUGAUGUCAAGGAGAUUGUCAACACUGGGCUGUUCAGCCUGGAGCAAGCGCAGACCGGUUACGGAUGGCUGCAGGACCUCCACGAUAUGACCGUCCGAGAGGUCAACGGAAAGAAGACCAUCACGCCCAAGCCUGAGACGGAGGAGUAUAACGUUAGGAACUUUGUCUACUCAUCCCCACGCCCAUUCCACCCACGGCGGUUGUGGCAACUUUUGUAUGACAAGUUCAUCCUGCAAAUGCAGCAUGAAGAGGAGGAGGAACCGGAAAAGAUGGAAGUCGACCCUGAAGACGUCGUCAGCGAAGAGGAAGACGAAAUCAUGAGCAACGAAGAAGAAGGGGAAGAAGAGGACGGGCUCGACAUGCCCCCUAACGAUGUCAUCCUCGCCAACAAACGAGCGCAUCCCUUGUUCAGCCGCCUGUUCCGCUCCAAGGGAGAAUUCUUCCUGGCGACUCGUCCAGGCAGGGCUGGCGAGUGGUCACAAGCCGGCGCUAUGCUGACUCUCAUCGGUGGGAGGCCGUGGUUCUGCACUCUUCCUGAGGAGGAAUACCUGACUGGGAACAAACAAAUCGAUUCUCUCGUGAAGCACGACAUUGCGAAGGGCGGUGAAUGGGGAGACAGGCGUCAGGAGCUGGUUUUCAUUGGAGAGAAUUUAGACGUUGAGGCUCUCCGGGACGUCCUCGACCAGUGCACUCUGACCCGCGACGAGAUGGAAGACUGGUCUCGGGUGAUGAGGAACGGAGUUCUCAGUGAAGAGAAAAAGGCAGAGGCGCUGGAGGAUCUCUUCGAGGACGGCUUCCCCGAUUGGCCUGAUGAGAUCGAUGACGAAGACCACGAAGGCCACGAUCACGGCCCGGUGAAACGCAAGUAA